AUGCCGCCAAUGAUACCCGCUGCCAAGAAGGCUCCUUCGCUGAAGCUGCUCAUAGCGAGGUUGAACGAUGUCCAGGCUUCCUUCAACGACAUCUGGCGUUUCGUGGAGGACUAUGAGGAAACGUCAACGGUUACGGAUGUUGACAUCCGUUUAGAGAAAAUUGAUGAACUGUGGGAGAAGUUUUGUGACACUUUAGUUGAGAUUAGGGCACAUGAGGAUUAUCUCGCGGAUGAGGAAUCAUACGAUAAGGAACGACAGGAGUUCAGUGAUAGAUAUUAUCGAGUCAAAUCAUUCCUCGUAGACAAAUCCAAAAGGUUGCAGGGUCCAUUGGUACUAGAGCAGUCCGUCCGAACAAACGAGUCAGUUGUUUUUGGUGCUGAUCGUGUGCGUCUUCCUCAAAUAAGUCUACCGUCGUUCAAUGGGGAUAUAGAUGAGUGGCUGAGUUUCCGUGACCUCUUCACUUCGCUCAUCCAUUAUAAAACUGAGUUGCCAGCAGUGGAAAAGUUCCACUACCUCAAGGGAUGUCUUCAGGGGGAACCGAAGAGCCUGAUAGACCCGCUGAAAAUUACGACGGCCAACUAUCAGAUCGCCUGGGAAAUGUUGUUGAAGCGGUUUGACAAUAGUAAACAGUUGCGGAAGCGUCAAGUUCAAGCACUGUUUCAUCUUCCAACAUUGACUAGGGAAUCGGUCAGCGAACUUCACACACUACUAGAGGGAUUCGAGAGGGUCGUGAAAAAUUUGGAUCAAGUGGUAGAACCAGAGGACUACAAAGAUCUAUUGCUGGUUCAUAUACUCACAGCACGACUCGACCCAGUAACACGUAGGGGCUGGGAGGAAUUCUCGUCGACUAAGGAACAAGACACGCUGUCUGAUUUAACGGAUUUCAUUCGGCGGCGUGUUCAAGUACUCGAAUCUCUUCCCAGUAAAUCGGUGGAUUCCAGAGGACCACAACAGUAUUCGAAACUAAGACCGGCGUCUACAAAGGCAAGUUACAGCAGCGUGCAAGGUUCCGAAGCACGUUGUUUGGCAUGUAAAGGAGAUCAUCCGUUGUAUCAGUGUCCAGUGUUUCAACGUCAAGAGGUAGCGGAAAGAGACGCAUUAUUGAGAACCCAUUCACUCUGCCGCAAUUGCUUCAGGGUAGGACAUCAGGCGAAGGAUUGCAAAUCAAGGUUUUCCUGUCGGACUUGCAAGGGUCGGCAUCAUACGUUGGUCUGCUUCAAGAUCGAUAGAGAAGGUUCCACGAAAGUUACGGUGGUCGCAAGGGGCAACCAUCAGCAACAUAGCAAGGAAACAAGGUCAUCGGCAUCAAGUUCAACACAAACAGCAAACGUGUCAACUAAAGCGGUUUGUUCUGCGCAGCAGUACUCAUCCCAGGUGUUACUGGCUACGGCUGUUGUCAUAUUGGUGGAUGAUAGCGGUCAGAGGUUCCCCGCCCGAGCAUUAUUGGACUCAGGGUCCGAAAGUAAUUUUGUUUCCGAACGGUUGAGUCAGCGGAUGAAUGUCAACCGAGAAAGGGUGGACAUAUCGGUUCUUGGAAUAGGACAAGCAGCGACUCAAGUCAAACACCGAAUUCGAGCGAUGGUACAGUCACGAGUUUCUGAAUACUGCCGAGACAUGGAUUUCCUAGUUUUGUCGAAAGUCACGGUGAAUCUUCCGACCUUGACGGUGAAUACAAAGGGGUGGUCGAUUCCAAAGGGCAUUGAACUGGCCGAUCCUGCAUUCUUCCAAUCCAAGGGUGUGGAUAUCGUUUUGGGUAUAGAAGCUUUCUUCGAAUUUUUUGGAACUGGUGGAAAGAUUUCGUUGGGUGAGAGACUGCCCGCAUUGAAUGAGUCAGUCUUCGGCUGGGUAGUAUGUGGAGGCUUGUCGGUACCAAGUCAAUCCAUUCAGGUCAACUGCAACAUAUCCGCUUCGGGAAGUUUGGAGUCCUUGAUUGCUAGAUUUUGGGAAUGUGAAGAGAUUGGAUCAACAAAUCAUUAUUCACCGGAGGAAGUUCAAUGUGAGGAACAUUUUAAGCGAACGGUAAAGCGUCAAAUGGACGGUCGAUAUACAGUGGCUUUGCCCAAGGACGAUGGCGUUCUGAGCAGACUAGGGAAAUCCGAGGAAAUCGCACUACGUCGAUUUCAGGGAACGGAAAGAAGAUUAUCACGCGAUUCCAACUUACGGGAUCAGUAUUUGGCUUUCAUGCAGGAAUAUCUUCGACUCGGCCAUAUGCGUAAGGUUGAAAAAGUUUCUGGUGAGGUUCAACGGUGUUAUUUGCCUCAUCACCCGGUAGUCAAGGAAGCCAGUACUACCACAAAACUACGGGUGGUCUUCGAUGCUUCGUGUAAAACCUCAACAGGAGUAUCGUUGAAUGAUGGAUUGCUGGUGGGGCCAGUGAUCCAAGAAGACCUACGAUCGAUCAUCAUUCGGUGCCGCACGAAACAGAUCAUGCUCGUUGCCGAUGUGGAAAAGAUGUUCCGGCAAAUCAACGUCUGUCCAAAGGAUAAAUCCCUGCAAUCUAUUUUGUGGCGUUUUUCUCCCGACGAUGAGCCGGAGACCUACGAGUUGGGCACAGUAACGUACGGUACUCAGCCAGCACCAUUUCUCGCUACUCGUACUCUCAAGCAGUUAGCCAUGGAUGAAGGCAGUCGUUUUCCAUUAGCAGCAAGGGCGGUGUGCGAGGAUGUAUACAUGGACGACAUCAUCACCGGUACAGAUGAAGUAAUGUCAGCAAUCGAGCUGAGGAUUCAACUCGACAAUAUGAUGAAUUCCGGUGGCUUUCACCUCCGGAAGUGGGCGUCAAAUCACCCGAUGGUUUUGGAGGGAAUCGCAGAAGAUUCCUUAGCGAUUCGAGACGUGAAGGUAUCAACUUGGACCCAGAUCCGUCAGUGA